AAUCCACAUAAAUUUAUUUUCGAAACUCAAAUGUGGAUUUUGGGUCUUUCUAUCAAAUCAAGUCACCAUCGCUCUCCCGCUCGAUUCGAGAUUUUAGGGUUUUUCAUUGCUCUGAUCUGAACUGUCUACCGGCAAAGGGAUUCGAAUUCGGAAAGUGAAAAGCCAAAACCUCAGGAUCGUUCAACUACAGAAAGCAAUCUGACAAUGGAUACAUCAAAUUUUGGUAAGAGUGGAGGAGUUUACAUUCCCCCAUUUAAGUUGGCUAGGAUGCUGAAAGAAGUCGAUGAUAAAUGUAGUGUUGAAUACCAGCGAUUAACCUGGGAUGCCCUCCGGAAGAGCAUAAAUGGGCUUGUGAACAAGGUCAAUUCUACAAACAUAAAAAACAUUAUUCCGGAACUUUUCUCAGAGAAUCUGAUCAGGGGCAGGGGUUUGUUCUGCCGUUCUUGUAUGAAGUCACAAAUGGCGUCUCCAGGAUUUACAGAUGUCUUUGCUGCUUUGGUUGCUGUUGUCAACACCAAGUUCCGUGUGGUUGGUGAUCUAUUAUUGAGAAGGAUAGUAUUGCAGCUUAAACGAGCAUAUAAGCGGAAUGACAAGCCACAAUUACUGGCUGCUGUUAAGUUUAUAGCACAUCUGGUAAACCAACAAGUGGCACACGAGAUUAUCGCUUUGGAAUUGCUCACUGUGCUUCUAGAAAACCCAACUGAUGACAGCGUUGAAGGUGCUGUUGGGUUUGUGACAGAAUGUGGUUCUAUUCUCCAGGAUCUCUCACCCAAAGGAUUGCACGGUAUUUUUGAACGAUUCCGUGGAAUUCUCCACGAAGGAGAAAUAGACAAAAGGGUUCAGUUCUUAAUUGAAGGCUUAUUUGCAGUUCGGAAAGCAAAGUUUCAGGGUUACCCGGCUGUGCGCCCAGAACUGGACCUUGUGGAGCAAGAAGAUCAGUGGACACAUGAGAUUUCUCUUGAAGAGGAGAUAGAUCCAGAAAUUACCCUUGAUAUUUUCAAACCGGACCCUAAUUUCCUUGAGAGUGAGAAGCUUUAUGAAGAGUUGAAGAAAAACAUACUUGGAGAGGAGUCUGAGGAUGAAGAAGGUUCAGAUGCAGCUUCAGAUGGCGAGGAUGAUGAAGAUGAUGAUGAAUCUGACGAAGAUGAAGAGGAGCGGAUGGAAAUAAAGGAUGAGACAGAGACGAAUCUUGUAAAUCUUCGUAGGACAAUAUACUUGACAAUUAUGUCCAGCGUGGACUUUGAGGAGGCUGGUCACAAGCUCCUCCAGAUUAAACUUGAGCCUGGUCAAGAGAUGGAGCUUUGCAUCAUGCUUUUGGAAUGUUGCAGUCAAGAGAGAACCUACUUAAGAUAUUAUGGUCUUCUGGGGCAGAGGUUCUGCAUGAUUAACAAAGUGCACCAGGAAAAUUUUGAGAAAUGCUUUGUCCAGCAAUACUCUAUGAUUCAUCGGCUCGAAACAAAUAAGCUGCGUAAUGUGGCUAAGUUUUUUGCCCAUUUAAUCGGUACAGAUGCUUUGCCGUGGCAUAUAUGGGCCUACAUCCGUUUAACCGAAGAGGAUACCACUUCUUCAUCUCGUAUCUUUAUCAAGAUUCUUUUCCAGGAGUUAUCUGAGCAUCUUGGUAUCCGGUUGCUAAAUGAACGGCUCUCAGACCCCUCAAUGCUUGAUUCAUACGAGUCUAUAUUUCCAAGGGAUAAUCCGAAGAACACCCGAUUUGCCAUCAACUUCUUCACAUCCAUUGGUCUUGGAGGUAUCACUGAGAAUUUGAGAAAUUUUUUGAGGAACAUGCCCAGCCUUAUUAUUCAACAGAAGAAUGCGGCGGAUUCCAACGAUGAAUCAUCCGGUAGCUCUGAGUCCGACUCAUCAAGUUCGGAGUCAGAAUCUUCAGAGGAAAGUGAUUCUGGUAAGGAUGAAAAGAAGCGUAGGAAGCGCCGCAGGCGAUAGAGAAAUUACUGAGCGAUUUUGUAAAAUUAAGAUUUGUUUUGGUUGUUUAAAUUCUAAAAUUUGGAAAUAUGUCUGACAAAUUUUGUUUCACUAAUUUUUUAAAGUAAAAAAAUAUUAAAUAUCCUUAGUGAUAAUAGAGCAAGAAUUUGACUGGAUUAUUUGAAUUAGUAAUUAAUACAGUCAGUUUAAUAAUAAUGAAAAAAAAAACAAAGUUUAUACCA